AUGUCUGAUUCCCCCUGCUUUCUGGGAGCAACGGGUGUGGAGUACCAAGAGCUCUGCGUUGAGCCCCCCAGCUCUGCAAACUCGAUGCAGUUGGCUGUAGUCGGUGCUCAUCUUUCUGGAUUUCCCCUGAAUAAGGAUUUAGUCUGCCGGGGCGCUACUCUGGCCACUGCCACAACUACAGCUCCAUGCUACCAGUUAUAUGCUCUACAUACAACAGGUCCGGUUUUAAAGCCCGGCCUGAAGAGAGUGAGUGAUGGUGGCAAUUCAAUCGAAGUGGAGGUUUGGGACAUGCCGCUUGACCAGAUGGGCAGCUUCCUUAAUACGGUUGCAGCACCCCUAGGCCUUGGAUCCAUUGAGCUGCAAAAUGGCCGAUGGGUACAUGGAUUCAUUUGCGAGCCUACAGGCUUUGAAAAUGCAAAGGACGUGACUGGCUAUGGCGGAUGGAGAUCAUACAUCCAGUCUCUCGCCAUUUCGACCGCCGAAUCGUCGCGCGAUGCAUCCCCUACACCUGCAACCAGUGUCGGAGAUGUCGGCGAGAAGCGUAUCACGAAAGUUUUGAUCGCCAACCGCGGGGAAAUUGCAGUGCGUAUCAUUCAGACUCUAUGCAAAAUGGGGAUCUCUUCCGUGGCUAUUUAUUCAAGUUCCGAUGCUCGUGCGCCACACGUUAUUGCUGCGAAUGAAGCACUUCCAUUGGUUGGAAACACAGUAUCCGAAACGUAUUUGAAUGGCCAACAAAUUCUUGAAUUGGCUAUCAAAGCCGAUGCUGAUGCUGUCAUCCCUGGAUACGGCUUUUUAUCAGAGAAUGCCGUGUUUGCCGCCGCUAUCGAGGCUGCAGGUCUGGUCUGGGUUGGCCCGACCCCUGAGCAAAUGAGAGAUCUUGGGCUGAAACACCGUGCGCGUGAUAUCGCUAUUACAGCCGGUAUUCCUGUCGUCCCCGGCAGCACGGGCCUAGUAACUAGCCUUGAAGAUGCCCUGGCAGAAUCAGAGAAAAUUGGCUAUCCAGUAAUGGUGAAAAGCACCGCGGGCGGAGGCGGAAUCGGCCUUCAGCGGUGCGCUGAUAUUGAUGCGCUGCGAGAAGCAUUUGACAGUGUUCGUCGACUGGGGGAGGCGAACUUCGGCGAUGAUGGAGUUUUUAUUGAGCACUUCAUUGACCGGGCCCGACAUAUCGAAGUUCAGGUGCUGGGCGAUGGCGCAGGUCGGGUGAUUUGUGCUGGCGAGCGCGAUUGCUCACUCCAGCGUCGAAACCAGAAGGUUAUUGAAGAAUCCCCAGCUAGCUUUGUUUCAGCGAAAAUUCGAGCUGACAUGCGUCGUGCUGCUGCUUCUUUGGUUACCUCUUUGCAAUAUCGCAAUGUUGGCACCGUGGAAUUCAUCUUCGACAUCGAUACUGAAAAUUACUAUUUUUUGGAGAUGAAUACGCGUCUCCAGGUUGAGCAUCCAGUGACAGAGGCCGUGACAGACCUUGACCUUGUUGAAUGUAUGAUGCAAAUUGCUAUGAACGACUGCGGUAUUCUUUUCCCUCAGCAGAUAAAUGAGGUCCCAGUCUCCGGUGCGGCGAUUGAAGCUCGUGUAUAUGCCGAAAGCCCCCUUCAAGGAUUUCGACCUUCUCACGGAAAGCUUUUGAAUGUUGAGUUCCCAUCUAAUGCUCGCAUUGACACAUGGGUCAGUUCAGGCCAGGAAUUAUCAUCUUCUUUCGACCCAAUGAUUGCAAAGAUCAUUGCAUACGGCGAUGACCGUGCUGCGGCCCUUCGAAGUCUUUCAGAAGCCCUAACCAAGACGAUCAUCACUGGCGUAGAAACAAACCUGAAGUACCUGCAGCAAAUUGUUGCUUGGGAGCCAUUCAACUCUGGAUGCUUCACAACGGCAUCGCUGAAUGAUUUCCAAUACGAUGUUCAAGUUGCGGAGGUCAUUGAUGCUGGGUCCUCUACUGCUGUUCAAGAUUUUCCUGGUCGUCAGGGUCUCUGGCAUAUCGGUGUCCCGCCCUCUGGACCAAUGGAUUCUUACUCAUUCCGUCUUGCCAACAAAAUAAUUGGCAAUGAUGACCGUGCCGCAGGGCUUGAGUGCUCCACUCAAGGCCCGACACUUUUGUUCCACUCCCCAACCGUCGUUGCUGUCGUCGGUGCGGAUGCUCCUAUAUCCAUAGACGGCGAGAUAAAGGAGCCUGGUGUUGCGAUCAACAUUGAAGCUGGACAGAAGCUUUCCAUCGGUACAGCCACCAAUGGUUCCCGAGUUUAUCUCGCCGUUCGAGGAGGAUUCCAAGUUCCCGAGGUUCUCGGUAGCCGUUCGACAUUUGCAAUCGGUCACUUCGGAGGGCACAAUGGACGCAGCCUUCGGGCUAGCGAUCUUCUUCCUCUAAUAGCGAGAGAAGAAUCGAGAGAGGAAGUGAUUGAGAAAGCGAGCGAAGAAGCGAGUGAAAAGAAAGACCCAAUUUUUGCUUUGCCGAUACCUGAGAACCGAGAAUGGGUCGUUGGUGCGAUCCCAGGGCCACACGGUAGCCCGGGCCAUUUCACCCAAGAUGGCCUACAAGAGCUUUUCAAUGGUAAGUGGACCGUCCACUACAACAGUAAUCGGCUCGGAGUUCGCCUCACCGGACCUCGUCCAGAGUGGGCACGCAAAACAGGUGGUGAUGCUGGCCUGCAUCCCUCUAACAUUCACGACAGUCCAUACUCAAUUGGAAAUGUAAGCUUCACAGGUGAUGAAGCGGUUGUCUUGACAGCAGAUGGGCCAAGCCUGGGAGGAUUUGUUGCGUUUGCAACAGUUGCAGAGGCUGAGAUGUGGAAGUUUGGUCAGAUGAGACCAGGCGAUCGCCUCCGACUGCGUGCCAUCUCCCUCGAUAAUGCGCAGGCACUCACUCGGAACAUGGAGCACUCGAUUGCUAGUCUCAGCCCAUUGGUAUCGGAGGACUGGGAGAAUACAAGCUCUGUCACUGUUUCCAGCCCCGUCGUGAGAGAGAUCUCCGAGGCCGGCCGCUUCAUUCGUUGCUGCCAGGCAGGUGAUCGUGCCUUGCUGCUUGACUUCGGCACUGAAGAUAAUUUCAAGCUCAGACAAACAUUUCAUAUCAUGACUUUCAUCGAGAGGCACCGUGUUUCACCAAUUCCUGGCGUCGAGGAGCUGACAUCAGGGGUUCGAAGCCUUCAUAUUCGGCUGGAAGCAGGGUUCUCACUAUCGCAAGUUCUUGAUGCACUGGUCGCGCACGAGAGUUCUCUUGGGAGUGAACUCCCCUCUCGACUAUCAUCUCGCGUCGUGCACAUGCCUCUCGUUUUUGACGACGAGAGAAGUCGCAAUGCCAUUUCCCGCUAUACGUCGACUAUUCGUUCCUCGGCACCGUAUUUGCCCAGCAAUAUUGAGUUCCUGCAAAAGUUGAAUGGACUUGAUAGCCACAGUCGAGUGGAAAGCAAUCUGUAUGAAGGCGCGUUCCUCGUACUCGGUCUUGGCGAUGUGUAUCAAGGGUCUCCCUGUGCUGUACCACUGGAUCCCCGCCACCGAUUGUUCGGAACCAAGUAUAACCCUUCCCGCUCUUUCACUCCUCGUGGUGCUGUCGGUAUUGCUGGUCAAUAUCUAUGCAUCUAUGCGACUGACUCUCCGGGUGGGUAUCAGCUCGUCGGUCGGACGGUUCCAAUCUGGGAUGAGUUCCACAGGCCAGAACUGGGCGAAAAGGCGCCGUGGAUGUUUUCUCUCUUGGAUCAGAUUCGUUUCUACCCUGUCACCGAGGCAGAGCUUUCUGCAGCGGAGGCCAAUGGAACUGCCAGUGAUCUCAUUAUAAUCUCCGACAAUGAGCUGGACCUCAAUGAAUAUGAGGGGUGGCUGGAAGAGACUGAAGAAGAUAUUGCUGCUGUUCGGGAACAAAGAUCUAAGGCAAUGCAUGAAGCUGAUUUCUUCGAUGAUCUACUCACGCCGUACGACGCUGUUGCAAUGCGGCCCGGUCGAGGCUUAGAGAAUGACGAAGACAUGCUUGGAGAGCGAGUAAAGGCACUAUUGCCUGGGAGGUGCUUCCGCUGCGCUGUCAAGGAGGGAGACGAAGUGCAAGCAGGAGAUUCUCUGAUCUGGAUAGAAUCCAACAAAAUGGAGGUCAAAAUAUGUGCCCCCAUCAGUGGAAAAUGUGUGAGACUGCUGGCUGCUGAAGGAGACAUUCUUGAGCCCAGUGAUGAUGUUGUGAUUAUUCAAUAG